AUGCCGGGAGCGCGCAGUGGCGGCAGCGGCGGCGGCGGCGGCGGCGGCUCCUCCAGCGGGGACGCGAGCGGGGCGGUGACCGUGUGGGAGGUGGUCUCACUCUUGGCCAAACUGUUGGGGACCGUCGCCGCCCUGAAGGUGGUUCUGUACCUGCUCCGAGUGUGCCUAGCGAUGGCCUGGAAAUCCGGCGGCGCCAGCCACUCGGAGCUGAUCCACAAUCUCCGCAAAAAUGGUAUCAUAAAGACAGAUAAAGUAUUUGAAGUUAUGCUGGCUACAGAUCGCUCCCACUAUGCAAAAUGUAAUCCUUAUAUGGAUUCUCCACAAUCAAUAGGUUUCCAAGCAACAAUCAGUGCUCCACACAUGCACGCGUACGCACUGGAACUUCUAUUUGACCAGCUACAUGAAGGAGCUAAAGCUCUUGAUGUGGGAUCUGGAAGUGGAAUCCUUACUGCAUGUUUUGCACGUAUGGUGGGAUGUAGUGGAAAAGUAAUAGGGAUUGAUCACAUUAAAGAGCUAGUUGAUGACUCCAUAAAUAACGUCAGAAAGGAUGACCCAACGCUUCUGUCCUCCGGCAGAGUGCAGCUGGUUGUGGGGGAUGGGCGAAUGGGCUAUGCUGAAGAAGCCCCAUAUGAUGCUAUUCAUGUAGGAGCUGCAGCCCCAGUCGUGCCUCAGGCACUAAUAGACCAGUUAAAGCCUGGUGGAAGAUUGAUAUUGCCAGUUGGUCCUGCAGGUGGAAACCAGAUGUUGGAGCAGUACGAUAAGCUACAAGAUGGAAGCGUCAAAAUGAAGCCUUUGAUGGGGGUGAUAUAUGUGCCUUUAACAGAUAAAGAAAAGCAGUGGUCCAGGUGGAAGUGAUUUUAUCUUCUGCUCUUUCUUCCACACAUGCAAGGUGAAAGGGGAUGAAUUGUAAGAGCAUCAGCUUGACGAGCCUAGACUAUUUGUGGAUUGCUCAUCUCAGUCCUCAAAGCUUCUUGAAAACCAACAGCAUCACAGCUUGUUUUGGACUUUGUCACACCUUAUUUUCGGCAUGAAAAUGUGUGGUUUUGUAGGGUUUGCUAAUUCUUCAAAGAGGCACGGAGCCCAACUGCUAGAGGAAGGCUGCAGAGUAAGACUGUGUGUGUGACUUCUUUCACAUGCCACAAGUUUACUUUAAAACAGAAAAAGAAGGGUCCUGCAAAAUGGAAAAUUUAGUUAAUGAUUGAGUUUAAGGCGUGUUUUUCCUUUUCUUGAACACUUAAUUCUGUUCUGAUGUUAAUUUAUCAAAUUUCUUCUGUGUAUCAGAUAACACCACCAUUUACCAGUUAAGAUUCUUGGUAUUUGGAUGUCUGUUAGAUGCUACUAAGAACAUAGAGAUGAGCUUUCUUUUUAAAGCUUUUGAUGUGGUGUCAUAGAAUAGCAUGUUGUAGAUACAGUCAGCUGCUUUGUCACUUUAGGCAUUUGUAAAUAUCGAAACUCCAGAUGGCAGGUGAUGUCCUGUUAAUCACUGAGCUGUUCAGAUUGGACAUAACUGACAUGGUUCUUUUCCUCUCUGUAAAAAUAAUAGGAGAUUUGAAGCUUAGUAUUGUUUUCUGUGUUUCUAAUUUGCUGCUGGUAAUGUAUAUGAAUCUAACAUGCUGUAUAAACCGUGUCCUUGUCACUGCACAGUUUAUGCAGUGCUGCUUUGCCAAAUAAAGUUCAGAGCAAAAGA